GGUUUUUAGUCGUGGAACCCCAGCUUUAUCGAAUGAUAACAUAGAUGCCCCUCAAGCCAGGUUAUUUCCCGCUCAGCAGAAUGUGAUGCUGCCUCCCAACACUUUUAAAGGAAAAGUUGCCUUCAUCACUGGUGGAGGAACAGGACUUGGCAAAGGCAUGACAAUGGCAUUGUCUAGACUUGGAGCUGAAUGUGUGAUAUCUAGCAGGAAAUUGGAUGUAUUGAAAGAAACCGCAGCUGAGAUCUCAACAGAAACUGGAAAUAAGGUCCAUGCUCUCCAGUGUGAUGUCAGAGACCCCGAGUCUGUUAAAAAAGCCAUUGCUGAGAUGAUUGAGGUGGCAGGACAUCCAAAUGUUGUGAUAAACAAUGCUGCUGGGAACUUCAUUUCUCCUUCGGAAAGACUAUCGGCAAACGCCUGGCGAACGAUCACAGACAUUGUUCUUAAUGGCACAGCUUAUGUAACUCUUGAGGUUGGGAAACAGCUAAUUAAGGCAGGAAAAGGUGCUGCAUUUCUGGCUAUUACUACAAUAUAUGCAGAAAGUGGGACUGGUUUUUUAGUCCCUAGUGCUUCUGCUAAGGCAGGCGUAGAAGCUAUGUGCAAAUCCCUUGCUGCUGAAUGGGGAAAAUACGGCAUGAGAUUUAAUGUGAUACAGCCUGGGCCCAUAAAAACCAAGGGAGCCUUUAGCCGCUUAGACCCCACUGGAUCCUUUGAGGCUGCAAUGCCAGAGAGAAUUCCCUGUGGACGCCUGGGAACCGUUGGAGAACUAGCCAAUCUUGCAGUGUACCUGUGCAGUGACUAUGCUAAUUGGGUGUCUGGAGCAGUAAGUUUAUUGCUUGGACUUUUUGUUUUAUUAAUUAUAUGUAUGGGAGUAAAUUGCACAGUACAAGUUCCAUAUUCUCCAUGA